AUGGCAUGGUUGCCGGUCACUGGAUGGAUAUAUGUGGCUGAACCCUUUGAGUCGGGCGGCGGCUUGCGCCACCUAGCCGGCGUUGAACGAAGCUCAACGGCGUCCGUGUCUCCCUGCAGGUACUCUCAGCAGGUGGCCAACCACCCGAGCGUGGUGAUCCUGGUGGUGUUCUCGCUGGCCACCACCGCCAUCGUGGUCUCCUUCACCACCCGGGAACUGCCGAGCUUCAAGGACCCGCUCCUGGGGUUCGAGCCACGAGGCACGGUGCUGGCACAACGGGCCACGGCCUGGAACAACCUGCUCGCGGGAUCGAGCUGGAACGGACCGCUCUCCAUGUACCCCGGGCCCCAGGAGCAACAAGGGCCGCCUUUGCCUUCGACCACCGAGGCUUCGGCCGCGGCUACACCUUCAUCAAACAUCGAUGCCGAACAGGCAGGUGGAAUUCUUUUCGGCCAUUAA